GCAUCGGUAGAUUGAGACCAUGACAUAUCUUUGCUGUGAGACACUGGAUGAAAACUACUCCUUCAUCUGUUGAUUAAUCACAUGGGGUUUUAUAUUUGAUUAUUCGGCAUUUGCUGAGUAGUCUCCUGACAAAGACAAAGGACUUGCAGUUUCACAUCUACAGAGUGAAAAUGAGUUGCACAAAAGUGCUCCAUGCAUUCAAUGGUCACCCCAAGCCCUCUGUUACCCCAGCUGACCUCGCCAUGCAUCUGUGCCUGAGCCAAGGCCAGCCUCUUUAUCAACUACUGGCCAUGAAACCCAGAAAACCUAUUUCUCGGUCUACAGACUAUACACCAAAGAGAAGCCCUGACUCUCCACCACACUCCUUGUCUUCAUCCUCAUCACCCUCCUCUUCCCCUGGGUUCUCACAGCCUCGGAGCUGUAUCCGCAAGAAAAGUGGAAAGUGGCAGAACAAGAAACACGUGAUGUUUGCAGAUGCCAAGGGGCUAGCUCUCACUACUCUCCAUCUAUUCAUCCCUGAGCCCUCGCCUCCUCCUGCAACAAUGGUGCUAAACCCCACCCAACCCAAAGUGCAAUGCCAGCAGUCGCCCUCCAUGAAAACACAGCGCUACAAAUUGCGGCUGGGUUUCCCUCAACCAACACUGGACACUAAAGCCUUCCUUGCACGCCUACAAGAGACACAGAUACAGUUGGAAAGCUGCAGCGUGUCAGAAUACUCCCUAAGUGGUAAAGUGUGCAUCUGCAGCACCAGCAUUGAAAAUACUGUGUACCUAAGGAUGACCUAUGAUUCUUGGCGGAACUAUCAUGACAUUCCCUGCACCUUCCUGCAGCAACAUUAUAGGGGUUUAAAUAUGGAUGUAUUUGCCUUUGAUGUAGCCUUACCCCACAAUCUGAAACCAAAUGACCGAGUGGAGUUUUGUGUGUUCUUCAGGCCCAGUGCUAGUGGGAUUCCACUCUGGGACACCAACAGGGGACAGCACUACAGGCUGUGCAUCGAAACAGACCGGUCAAGGAACAGCCAGGCUUCAGCCACCAAUCGUAGCCCCUCACAAAUGAUCCAUCGGCCAUCCUCUUGGCCUUUAUACGCAUCCCUCAAUGUGAAGAACUCUGCUGAUCUGUCCUCAGACAAAUUUGUCAAGCAGAGCUGGGGCUGACGAGGACACUGCCCCCUCCUUUCUAGAACACUGGAAGCCUGACUUUUUAGUCAGGCUUUAGUUAGUCGUUACCCUGUCUACAGCACCAUGUGGCUGUGUAAAAUGUCCAUGUGACAUGCUGCAGUCUUACUGAACAAGUUAUUUAAGAGAGAAAGUAUUUGCUCUCUGACAGACAUUUUGAAUUUAAACUUUCAACCUUCAUUGCUGUCUGAUCCAUAAUGUGUCGUUAAUAGCUCACCUUCAAGUGCUCAAAUACGCUACUAAAAUGUGAAAUGAAUGUUGCACUAUUUAUGACAAAUAAAACCAACUGCUGAAUGUA